GUCUUUCCCCACCGCUCGUCUAGUGUGUCCGAAUUGGGCCAACGUGUUUAGUAUGUAGGAGUAGGAUCUAGCAGUAGCACGUAGCAGUAGCAUGUAGUACCCGAGCGGGCAAUUCGGACGCAGCAUACCUUACCUCGAGCAGAGAGCAGGGACUAAUCAGUGAAAUCACCUGGUGGAGUUUUGGCUUGGAAAGAAAACCUGCAGCCUCUCGGCUCUCUGUGGCACAUGGUUCCCCACCCCUGCGAUAAUGUUUGGUUUGCAUAUUUUAGUGAGUUCAGAGAUCAUGCGCUCAUACAGCCUGAGCUGACUGUCUGCUGUUUUUGGAUUUCUUGUAUUUUCUUUGAAGACGCGCUGUGUCUCCAAGCGAAUCCAGCCUCUUACCGGAAAGCGCAGCUGUGCAGCGGCACGCAAAGAAUUCUGGGAUACGAACGGCACGAAAGUGUGCAUAAAUGCACGCUCGAAAAAUGCUGAGCGCGCUUAGCAUUUCGUGCCAAAUGGGAAACCGUUCGCGCCGCGUGAUGAUUCCAUGCACGCUUCAAAUGCGCCGUUUUGUGCCGUUUGACGGUGCAGUCUCUAAAUGGGACACAGCCACAGAUUUUCAACAGAAACAGACCAGAGCAGUUUAAUCCACUGCUCUGAAACAGACUAUCCAGCCUUGCACCAGCGAAGAGGAUCAUGGGUACUGUAGUUUACCGUCACAGUCGUGGCCGCAGUACUUCACUUGCAAAGUUUAAACUUGGUCAGUGUCUCAGAGGGAUUUUCAGAGAUUUUUACAGAUUUUCAUUCAGGCUAUUAAAACAGGAAAUCAGUGAAAGGACGAUGUUGUACACGGAAGUUGGUUUAGGCGUCGUCUCCAUGUCUGCGGUAACCAUGGUAACGGUUUGUUGUCAGUGUUUACUCAGAGACGGCAGAAAUAAAAACACCAUCAGACCGAGAGAAGAUGCUGCUGAGUCAAAGAAGAACCAGAAACCGAGAGUUUACCGGACCGAGCCCACACUCCGUGGCUGUGGUGAGACACACACACACACACACACGCACACACACACACACGCAGACUGUUAACUAACUGAACUGACAGUAUAAACGGUCUCUCAGAUCCACCGGCUCUCUUAUCUUCUCACUAAACGGUCUUAAAAGUAAAAGUCAAACAUUUUCGCACUUUUCUUUAAAAAUGGUCAAAAUGACUUUAAGAUAAUGACUUUUGUAGUAAAACAUGAUUAAAACUUCAAACUGUUCUUUCUCCUGGAUUUAUCCUGCUGGCGUUUCAGAGUAAUAUAGAAAAAGUACUAUAGUGAGAGUCAGUUGCUGCGUCCGAAUUAAGAGUGACCCAACUGCAGCCCAAGAUGGCGGACCCAGAAGAUGAACUUCCGCAAUACUCACUCAGAAUUACUUAAGGCGAAAUAAUUCGGGCUUUCUCGUUGGCGGACUUCCGGCGCCGAAAUAUUUCGCCAAAAGUUUGUUUUUUGGUCACAUCCAUGCUGUACGUUUCUAACGGAAUUAAUUCGUCCAGCUAAAAAAACCAAACAACAUGUGGGAGGGUUAUUCCAAUGAUCGAUUUUUUUUUUGUUAGAAGGGACUUCCGGUAGGGACUUCCGGUAGUCGGAUUUAGUCGCCGGAAGCGUUUUUUUUCGCUCCGUUCAUUCCGUAAGAAUCGAAUUGAAUUUAUUAUUGAGCUAAAAACCAAAAUAAAACCUUUAUGUAUUAUUUAUGACUACUGUUUUGUUCUGAUUUAAUUCUGUAAUAUUUUAUUCAGUAAUAUAUAUAUAUAUAAAUGUGUGUGGGGUCACAUUGAAAUGUCCUUAUUUUUGAAGGAAAAGCACUGUACUUUUCAAUGAAGAUAACUUUAAACUAGUCUUAACUUUAAAGAAAUACACUCUAUACAUUGCUAAUGUGGUAAAUGACUAUUCUAGCUGCAAAUGUCUGGUUUUUGGUGCAAUAUCUACAUGGGUGUAUAGAGGCCCAUUUCAAGCAACUAUCACUCCAGUGUUCUAAUGGUACAAUGUGUUUGCUCAUUGGCUCAGAAGGCUAAUUGAUGAUUAGAAAACCCUUGUGCAAUCAUGUUCGCACAUCUGAAAACAGUUUAGCUCGUUACAGAAGCUACUAAACUGACCUUCCUUUGAGCAGAUUGAGUUUCUGGAGCAUCACAUUGGUGGGGUCAAUUAAACGCUCAAAAUGGCCAGAAAAAGAGAACUUUCAUCUGAAACUCGACAGUCUAUUCUUGUUCUUAGAAACGAAGGCUAUUCCAUGCGAGAAAUUGCUAAGAAAUUGAAGAUUUCCUACAACGGUGUGUACUACUCCCUUCAGAGGACAGCACAAACAGGCUCUAACCAGAGUAGAAAAAGAAGUGGGAGGCCGCGUUGCACAACUGAGCAAGAAGAUAAGUACAUUAGAGUCUCUAGUUUGAGAAACAGAAGCCUCACAGGUCCCCAACUGGCAUCUUCAUUAAAUAGUACCCGCAAAACACCAGUGUCAACAUCUACAGUGAAGAGGCGGCUGCGGGAUUCUGGGCUUCAGGGCAGAGUGGCAAAGAAAAAGCCAUAUCUGAGACUGGCCAACGAAAGAAAAAGAUUAAGAUGGGCAAAAGAACACAGACAUUGGACAGAUGAAGACUGGAAAAAAGUGUUGUGGACGGAUGAAUCCAAGUUUGAGGUGUUUGGAUCACAAAGAAGAACGUUUGUGAGACGCAGAACAAAUGAAAAGAUGCUGGAAGAAUGCCUGACGCCAUCUGUUAAGCAUGGUGGAGGUAAUGUGAUGGUCUGGGGUUGCUUUGGUGCUGGUAAGGUGGGAGAUUUGUACAGGGUAAAAGGGAUUCUGAAUAAGGAAGGCUAUCACUCCAUUUUGCAACGCCAUGCCAUACCCAGUGGACAGCGCUUGAUUGGAGCCAAUUUCAUCCUACAACAGGACAAUGACCCUAAACACACCUCCAAAUUGUGCAAGAACUAUUUAGAGCAGAAGCAGGCAGCUGGUAUUCUAUCGGUAAUGGAGUGGCCAGCGCAGUCACCAGAUCUGAACCCCAUUGAGCUGUUGUGGGAGCAGCUUGACCGUAUGGUACCCAAGAAGUGCCCAUCCAACCAAUCCAACUUGUGGGAGCUGCUUCUGGAAGCGUGGGGUGCAAUUUCUCCAGAUUGCCUCAACAAAUAAACAGCUAGAAUGCCAAAGGUCUGCAAUGCUGCAAAUGGAGGAUUCUUUGACGAAAGCAAAGUUUGAUGUAAAAAAAAUCUUAUUUCAAAUCCAAAUCAUUAUUUCUAACCUUGUCAAUGUCAUGACUCUAUUUUCUAUUCAUUUCACAACAUAUGGUGGUGAAUAAGUGUGACUUUUCAUGGAAAACACAAAAUUAUUUGGGUGACCCCAAACUUUUGAACGGUAGUGUAUAUAUAUAAAUGUGUGUGUGUGUAUAUAUAUAUAUAUAUAUAUAUUUAUUUAUAUAUAUAGACUGAUGUCCUCAUAUUCUGAUAAUUUGUCAGAAUAAUGUGUAUAAAUGUAUAUAGAAGUUAUCAUCUUACUCAAAUUCUUAUGUAAGAGUUUGCUACAAGUAUGGACUGUUUUAACCUCUUGUUACACAUCAUAUAAGAGUGUUUUCUAACUCCUCUCUCCAAUAGCUUCAUUACACAGCACAUGAAUGUUUCUUAACUUCUCUGUGACUUGUUUCUCUUAUAAGCAGUUGUGUGUGUGUGAUGUAUCCUCCACUGUGAAUCGUGGGAAGUAAUGAGGAGGAUCCGCUCCUAUUAGGACCUCGUUUAAUGUCAACAAUGUUGCCUUGACCCUCACAUAUUUUCUGUUGUUCAUAAUUAUGUUCUAUGAGAGUGCUUACGUUGCUGCACAUAUUUUUCCCCCAUCCUUUAGUAACAUUGUGUAACCAGGGACAAUUUAUGACAUGGUAUGCUUCCUGGUGAGCCUCUUCAGGAUUGCUUGACUGUGCAAAAUCCAAGUAUACAAUAAUUGUAGAGACACAAGUCACAUGAUCUGUUUAAGGUUCAGAGGAGCCAUUUAGCAAAAACAAUUGAAUUGCGAUAUCAUUACAGACUGUGUAAAGAAAUGGGAAAUUGUCAUACAACUGCUUCAAAGAUUUCUUUAAUAUUUUCCAAACAAUAAAUUGUAAACACAGUAAAAAAAAAUAUAAUCAUAUAUACAUAUACAGGCUUCCACGUCCCAUAAUUGAGAGCGUUGCCGUCGGUGUGGUGGGGGGCUUAAAAUAUACUGCCACAGGCCAUCAUCUGCUCCACUCUGAGUCGGGUGAUGCCAUGCUCUUGAAGUGCUUUGAUCAAAAGCUGAAAAACAGUCAAAUAAUGUGAACAAUUGAAGUUAUGCAGUAUGGGUUAAUUGUUGUUCUUGAGCUUUCCAAAUGAAUAAAAACAACCUCUUAACAAUAUCAUCAAUUUUCAAAGCAAGCUAUAUAGUUUGAUCUACUCACCUCUGGGAGCAUGACAUCAAGGACAAAAUCAAGCAAGUGAAUCUCAACUCUCUUGAUGUUGUCGGAUAUGGUUGUUGCCUCCUCAAUAAACCGCAGGAGCUCGAAGAUCUAUUGAAGAAAAACACAGAAAGUAAACAGCUUUCAAAUGUAACACCUCUGAGAGUAAAAAUACUCAUGAUGGAUGGCAUUUUUACUUAGGCGCUGCUCACUCCAACAUAGUGACCUAAUCUUUAGAUGCUGCUUGAGCCGGAGUGAGGUGGCGGGUUUCCUCCAAAGAAACAUCCUGUUGGAGCGGAUGUUUCCAGAGAGCAGAUCAUCGUGUAAUGUCUGAAACCAAAGAGCAAGAGACAAAAAUGUAAUAAUCUGUAACAGAAACGGUGGCUUUAACAACUGAUAGUGCAUUCAAAAGCAACCUUGAUCUGUGUCUUAGAAAAGACAGCACCAAUUCUUCCACUGUCAACGGCAUCCUUGAUCCUGCAGAGAAAUAAGAAAAAGAGCAAGCCCUCAUUUUUCAUCCUUUGCGCCUCGUAUUUUUGACUGAUACUAUGUUUCCUUGAUAAAUUAUGUUAUACCGAGGAUGCUCAAUGGAGUCCUCGCAGCCACAGUCAAAGGGCUCCGUGUCAAUCCCGGCACAAUCUUGAUGCAGCCAGCCCCUGCAUGUCUUGCACUGGACCCAUUUUACAAAUUUUACCUCAGGGUAAAGCAAUCUGAUCAAAUGAGAGACAAACUUAAUAUUAAACACACACGCUGUCCAAUUGAUUAUACCUCUGCAGCACAUUUGAAUGUAUAAAUAAUUUUCCCACAUGAUUCGUGCAUUGAAACUAUAUGUAAAAGUGGUCACUUCAUGGAAAAUCACUGAAUAGGCCCCGAUAAUUGCAUUUAUUAAAUUGAGUCUGCAACAAACCUCUCUCCUGUGUUGUCGAAGGUCUGGUAGACACAGAAUUUCAUUGAAUCUGCCAUGCACACUCUUUGGACAUCAGAUGUCGUCUGCGUCAUGGUUUCCUGGACAAGUCAAUUUGAAAAGUAACAUCAAUUACCAAAUACAUCAAGACAAUGUUUAUCCAUAAUGUGCAUUUUGAAGGACUCCCACUGAGAUAAUACUGUUUUUCGAAGGCAAUUUUCUAACCUCUGUGUCCUGCUGCUCGGCCUUCCUCUUAGGCCUGAAGACCGGAGUAUGCUUUCCAGCAAUAAGCUCCUGACAUUCUUUGGUCCAUUGGGCAAAGAUUUUCCCAUAACUGUAAUGACAAUAUAUCUUUAAGUACAAUAUAUUGAUUGUCUUCCAGUUAAUUAGGGCAUCUAGUUUACUUAAACUGUCUACCUGUUCAAAGAACUGUUUUCCAAGAGCAACAGGCACCACCAUCUCCGCAAAACAGGCAUGUCAUGCUGAAAUUGUUGUUUGUAUUUCAUUUUAGUGCACAACACAAAAUACAACCUUGAGGAUGACACUGCGUGUUGAAAAGUACUUACAACUGAGUAGUCCAACUGUGACUCCGGAACAAUGUACAUGGCAGACUUAAAAAAAAUUAUGAGAUAACAUGUGAGAUAACUUUAAAAAAGUCCAUGUUGGAAAGUUAUUCUAGAUACUACAAUAUUUGUGCAUUACAGCUCGCUAUGAUCUACCAUCAACAUGAAUAUGCCACAGUCUGAGCCGAAGUCCUGACUGGGGAAGCCCUGAUUUAACAAAAGCAAACGUUAAUCAUCUUGUCACAUACACUUUUCAACUGUAAUAUAGAGCAUGCACAAAUACCUCUAAAUCUCUGCCCGUUUUCUCAGUCCAUUGCCCAGGACAUAUCUUCUGCGCAAUGUUCCUGUUAAUUUGAGAGUGUCACUUAGAUUUCCCAUAAUGGAAACAAUGGAAUGCAGGGUUAGGGUUAGUUUGAGUGGGUCGGAGGUGAGAUUGAAUGAAUGCGGACGGCUUGCUAUUUUCAAACUUCCUGAAAGUUCUUCUUCUUCUGUAAAUUUUGCUGCAAGAAAGUUUAGGUGCAUACCGCCACCUACUGUUCUGGCAUCGCAAAGCCUGUCCAUCGGAGGUAAAUCUGAGUGAGUAUUGCGGAAGUUCAUCUUCUGGGUCCGCCAUCUUGGCUGCAGUUGGGUACUCUUGUCCGAAUUGCCAAGUAGUAGUAGAAGUAGUAUGUAGCAUGUCCGAAUUUCCCACCGGAGCGAGUAGCAUGCUACUUCAGAUACUAGACACGCCCACGCUUCUUCUUCGUCCUCUUAAAAGUUGUAGAAGCGCAUGUGAUGCUAGCGCCACCAGCUGCUGCCUAUUUAGAUGCGUCGCGAACGCCGGCUGGCCACAGCAGCGCGCACCAUGGCGCAGCAGCAGGCAGGACCGCAGCAGUACAGAUUUAAGUUUCAUGUAACUUCGCACACUGUCCUAAAAAAUGUGCGAUUGUAUCUCUUUGUCAUGUCAUGGUGUCAUAUUUCCCCAAGUAAUCAUUUUAUGAGCAAAUAUGUGGCGACAUCAUGGAGGUAAAGCUCACUUAUUCCAUCAUUAAACUGCACAGCUGCAGUAAUCAGGCAGAUCUCAUUGAACAAAUGAUCACCACGUGAGUGAAUGAAGUCUAAAGGGGCGUUCAGACCAAACGCGACCUGACGCGACUUGGCGACAGCUCCCAAUGCAAAGUCUAUGGCCAGCCGCGACCUGACGCGACUUGGCGACUGCCGGCUGCCUGUGACGCGACCUGACGCGACCGGUCGCCAAGGCGCGUCCCCAAGGUCGCGUCGUCGAGGUCGCAGGACGCCAAGUUGCGUCGCUCAAAUAGGAUAAAUAUUUCAAUUCAAAUAUUCAAAUAUUUGAACUUUGGUAGCGACUCCGUGCCGCGACAGCCAAUCAGGGCUCUGCUGACGUCAACAAACCGGCGAAACAAGGAAGAGGAGAAGAAGAAUCACAAUGGAGGAGCAGUUAAUCACAUCCGUUAGCUACCACCCGGUGCUAUACGACGUGGGUUGCGGGCUGUAAUGGGACCGCAACGCCAAAGAAGAAGCAUAGGGGAAGGUGUCCCGUGAUGUCGGGCUUUCUGGUAAGCUUGUUUGUUUAGUUAUUUAUUUCAGUGAGCGGACUGUUUUAUGAAAACAUAGCUAACUGCCCCUGCUUGCUAGGCUACAUGUUUCAACGUAUGUGUGUGUGUCUUUGCAGUGGAUGUGUGCCGCAAGCGGUGGAAGGGGACGUUUAUAUGAGGGACAGACAGAUAGACAGGCGCUCCGAAGCUGAGAUGGAGCGCCUGUAUUUCGUGUCCAGGCGGGAGAUGCUGCUUCCCACCCGGGCGAGGAGGUCCUCAAACUGCGCCGUCGACACACGGAAAUACCACUGGAAGCGGCCGUCAUCCAGGCGGAGUUCCUGGAGCAAGCGGUGAAAUUCACCCAGCUCCGUCCUCCUCCGGAUGGUUUCAUGCACCCAUAAACGCCGGCAGCGUCUACUGCGGAUGUACAGAUAUGCGGCAGCACUGAUGAACUGAAAAUUGAGCUAGUGACAUGGAUGACGUCACCGGCGACCAGCCGCGACCUGCGACUGCAGCUUUGGACCCGGUGUGAACACACCAGAGCACCCCGCGACGCGCCGUGACCGACCAAAGCGACGCGACCAGGUCGCGUCGCGUUUGGUCUGAACGCCCCUUAAAAGUAAUGGAAAAGCUACUUUGUGAAUUUCUAAAGCAGUGCAGGAAUAUAAUACAGCAGCAUCCAUCACUUGCACAAUUACCAUUCAAAGAGUCUAAAGCAGGCGCAGUACCUACUCUCUGCCUGCGGGGGUCGUCUUUCCCCACCGCUCGUCUAGUGUGUCCGAAUUGGGCCAACGUGUUUAGUAUGUAGGAGUAGGAUCUAGCAGUUGUAUGUAGCAGUAGCAUGUAGUAUGCGAGCGGGCAAUUCGGACACAGCAAAUGACAUGACUGUGACUUCAGAGCUGAUGCUUAGGCUGUGGCUGUUGCUGUGUCCGAAUUGCCCGCUCGGAUACUACAUGCUACUGCUACAUACUACUGCUAGAUCCUACUCCUACAUACUAAACACGUUGGCCCAAUUCGGACACACUAGACGAGCGGUGGGGAAAGACGACCCCCGCAGGCAGAGAGUAGGUACUGCGCCCGUUUUAGACUCUGAAAGGUAAUUGUGCAAGUGAUGGAUGCUGCUGUAUUAUAUUCCUGCACUGCUUUAGAAAUUCACAAAGUAGCUUUUCCAUUACUUUUAGCCUUCAUUCACUCCCGUGGUGAUCGUUUGUUCAAUGAGAUCUGCCUGAUUACUGCAGCAAUAAGUGAGCUUUACCUCCAUGAUGUCGCCACAUAUUUGCUCAUAAAAUGAUUACUUGGGCAAAUAUGACACCAUGACAUGACAAAGAGAUACAACCGCACAUUUUUUAGGACAGUGUGUGAAGUUACAUGAAACUUACAUCUGUACUGCUGCGGUCCCGCCUGCUGCUGCUGCUGCUCCGACAUGGUGCGCGCUGCUGUGGCCAGCCGGCGUUCGCGACACAUUUAAAUAGGCAGAGCAGCUGGUGGCGCUCGCAUCACAUGCGCUUCUACAACUUUUAAGAGGACGAAGAAGAAGCCCGCGGUGCAUUUUGGGUCAGUAGCAUGCCCGUAGGAUGCACCGAGACCAACCUACAAUGUGGGCGUGUCUAGUAUCUGAAGUAGUAUCUGAAGUAGCAUGCUACUCGCUCCGGUGGCCAAUUCGGACAUGCUAGAUACUACUUCGACUACUACCUGGCAAUUCGGACGCAGCUUGUGUCUCAUUUCAGAGACCGCAUCGGGGUAAGUGCACUUCUGCACCGUCGAACAUGCGUUUGAAGCGUGCAUGACGUCAUGACGGCGCGAACGGUGUCCCAUUUGGCACGAGAUGCUAAGAAAUGCUAAGCGCGCUUAGCAUGUUUUCAAGCGUGCAUUUAUGCACGCUUUCGUGCCGUCGGUAUCCCAGAAUGCUUUGCGUGCCGCUGCACAGCUUCGCAUUUCAGGUGAGAGGCUGGACUCGCUUGGAGAUGCAGCGCGUCUUCAAAGAAAAUACAAGAAAUCCAAAAACAGCAGACAGGUCAGCUCAGGCUUUAUGAGAGCAUGAUCUCUGAAGUCACUAAAAUCUGUAAUCCAAACAUUAUAGAUUUAGAGACAACUGAUCCGCUCUGCUUCAACUAUCAAAAACAUUAGAAAUAAGAAAGCUGACACAACUACAGCAGAGUAUCAGGACAACAUUGAUUUUUUUUUUUUUUCUUUUAAGAUUUAGAGAUUAAAGUUGUAAAUUUAGGAGAAUAAAGUCUUAAAGUAUAUAAAGUCAUAAAGCUGCUUUUGUGGAGGGGGAAAUGACUGAAGCUGGUCAUCUGCAGGGUUAUCUGUGGAUGUAUCAGCGGGUCAUUCAGAGAGAUUUUGUGGUUUCUGAAGAAACAAUCAAACUGAUGAUGAUCAGCAUUUAUGAUCCAGAGGGAGUCGAGCUCCGACGAGCACCACGUCUCUGACACCGAUGGUAACCUACACCUGCAGAGACACCAACACCUUAUUAUGACAUAUGGAUUCAUAUAAACUAAAGCUCAAUGUUAUUCACGGAUAUUUACGGCUGCAUUGACAGAUAUAUCCUCAGCAUAUUCAUUUCUGCCUCCACAAAAGCAGCGAUUUCCUACAAGUACACCAGUUUUUUUCCCCGUUGAAAAGACGUAUUUCUCAUAUAUUCUUCUUUUAAGUCUUUAUACUUAUGACAAUGUGAUGCUGAUGUACCAAAGGAUGAAGUAUCUCCUUGUUUGUGAAACCUGUACUGAAGCAAAGUUCCUUUAAAUGCUUCAUGGCCCAAAUUUUAACAAGUCUCCUCUGAAAUAACAGGUUACGACUUCAUUCUCAUAAAUUAAUGACUUUAUUCUCGUAAAUUCACGACUUAAAUCUCGAAGUCUUUAAAAAAAAUUGUCAAUAUGGCCCUCAUAAUCCUUCAUACAAAACAAUCAUUGGAUUAAUUUUGUGGGAAUGAUCUGUGCUUGUAUAUAUCUUCUAUUUUGUGUCUGUGCAAGGUCGCGCAAAUAAAAGAAUAAAUGCUGCACUCCGCAGCUUUUUUUCUAGUCAGUCGUGACGUGAGCCUGAGGGCGGGGACAUUAGGAGACCUUUGAAAGGACUUCCUGGUGGAGUUGACAAACGUCCCCGCCCUCAGGCUCGCGUCAAGACUGACUUAAAGAAAACACGCGGAGCGCAGCAUUUGUUUUUUAAUUGUGUGACCUCACACAGACACAAAAUAGUAGAUACAUACAAGCACAAUUCAUCCAAUGAUUGUUUUGUAUGAAGGAGUAUGAGGGCCAUAUUGAGAUUUAAGACUUUAAAGACUUCAAGUUUAAGUCGUUAAUUUACGAGAAUAAAGUCAUUAAUUUAUGAGAAUAAAGUUUUUAAGUUUCCUGUUAUUUCAGAGAGACUUGUUAAAAUUAGGGCCAUGAAGCAUUUGAAGGAACUGUGCUUCAGUAUAUGUUUCACAAACAAGGAGAUACUUCAUCCUUUGGUACAUCAGCAUCACAUUGUCAUAAGUAUAAAGACUUAAAAAAGAAUAUAUGAGAAAUACGUCUUUUCCACAGGGAAAAAACUGGUGUACUUGAAGGAAAUCGCUGCUUUUGUGGAGGCAGAAAUGAAUAUGCUGAGGAUAUUCUGUCAAUGCAGCCGUAAAUAUCCGUGAAUGACAUUGAGCUUUAGUUUAUGAUAUGAAUCCAUAUGCCAUAAUAAGGUGUUGGUGUCUCUGCAGGUGUAGGCUACCGCCGGUGUCAGAGACGUGGUGCUCAUCGGAGCUCGACUCCCUCUGGAUCACAAAUGUUGAUCAUCAUCAGUUUGAUUGUUUCUUCAGAAACCACAAAAUCUCUCUGAAUGACCCGCUGAUACAUCCACAGAUAACCCUGCAGAUGAUCAGCUUCAGUCAUUUCCCCCUCCACAAAAGCAGCUUUAUGACUUUAUUUACUUUAUGACUUUACUCUCCUAAAUUGACAACUUUAAUCUCUAAAUCUUAAAAGAAAAAAAAACUCAAUGUUGUCCUGAUACUCUGCUGUAGUUUUGUAAGCUUUCUUAUUUGUAAUGUUUUUGAUAGUUGUAGCAGAGCGGAUCAGUUCUCUCGCAAUACUAUAAUGUUUGGUUAACAGAUUUUAGUGAGUUAAGAGAUCAUGCUCUCAUACAGCCUGAGCUGACUGUCUGCUGUUUUUGGAUUUCUUGUAUUUUCUUUAAAGACGCGCUGUCUCCAAGCGAGUCCAGCCUCUCACCUGAAAUGCGAAGCUGUGCAGCGGCACACAAAGAAUUCUGGGAUACCGACGGCACGAAAGCGUGCAUACAUGCACGCUUGAAAAAGGGGCGGGGGGUAGUGUGGUUUUGAGACCGAAUUUGAAGCGCGCUUAGUAUUUUGUGCCAAACGGGACACCAUUCGUGCCGCGUGAUGACCUCACGCACGCUUCAGAUGCGCCAUUCAACGGUUGCGGUUUCUGAAAUGGGACACAGGAAGGGUACAUAACGGCGCAAAACGGCAGUGCACUCAGCUAAGCGCCGUUAAGCGCGCUUAUCCCGAUGCGGUCUCUGAAAUGAGACACAGCCUGAGUUAUCUGUGAGACUGUCCUGAGCUGUAGUCCCUCGGAUGUCCAGCAGAAGGAGACUCUGUUAGUUUAAAACAAGCAGCAGCCCCAGGGGCCUCAUUUAUCAACCGUGCGUACGCACAGAUGUGUGCGUAAAGAGUGCGUACGAACAUUCCCAUGCAAAGUCUGGAAUUUAUCAACCUGUACUUGUGCUUAGGAACGUGCGUAAAUUUAAGCACAACUCUGACCAUGCGUACACACAAAACCUAGUGGUAGGACAGUAAAACUACAAAUAGAACCCAUGAAAGGAGUCACAGCGUUCCGCAAUCUCAAACUUCACACAUGUUCCCGUUGCCUCAAUACAAAAUUUAUCAAUUAGUAAUUUAGCAGACAUUUUGAAUGAUUGAUAAGACAAGCUAUAAAAAUCUGCUGUGACAGGACAACCUCAAAAGAAGUCUUACAAGUGCAAAUACAAGUAUCACGGUUUAUUUUGCGCUAUUGGAGGACUUGGAGAAGCGUCUGCUCCUCCGCAGGGAGCGUGUUUUCAAAGACCGUGCUGAUCUGUUCAGUGAGAACUCCAAGUGGAUUCUCAGCAGGUACCGCUUCCCCAAAACAUUUUAAUGGAUUUACGCCGUGAUUUACUACCCGCGUCGGAGCGAGAAACAAAACGCACCAAAGCCAUCCCAGCGCACAUCCAGCUCCUGUCCACCCUAACCCGAACAUUUCAGCGUGAGAUUUGAGACAUGCCGGCAGAGUUGGAUGUAAUAAUUUCUCCGGCCUCAAUUUACAUCCAGUUCCCAAACACACAUCAGCAACAAGCCGAAAUAAAACGAGGAUUUCACACCAUCGCCGGAUUCCCAAACAUAAUUGGAGCCAUAGAUUGCACCCACAUCGCAAUAAAAGCACCUUCACACAAUAAAUUCAGAUUCGUCAACAGGAAAAGAUUUCAUUCAAUCAAUGCACAAAUAAUCUGCGAUGCACAUUUGAUUCUGUUAAACGUUGUUGCCCGGUGGCCUGGAGGAACGCACGACUCAUUCAUUCUGCAGAACAGCGCUGUGCACCUCCAGGAGGAAAAACAUUCAUUUACGCAUUUUUAAAGGAAUUGUUGAUGCCAUAUAUGGUCAAUUGGAGGCGUUCCUGAAUGCAAAUGACUCUAACCAUGCACGAGCACGGUAGUAAAGAACAGGUGGGAUUUAUCAUCACCGAUUACUUAGGUGUGUGCGUACAACCAGUGUCUGCAUGUUUGAUAAAUAUGGAUUUUUUUGUACUUGCGCACAUUCUAAAUUUCAUUCCUACGCCAGAAUUUAGAACCUUUUCUACGCACGUUUGAUAAAUAAGGCCCCAGGUCUUAUGCUGUGUUCCAGUUGUACUUGGAAGUUGGGAUUUCCUAGCUCUGAGUCAAAAAUUUAUCUGGAAUGCUGGAAAGUCGGACGAUCCUCGCUGACCUCGACUUGACGACAACGUCAUAAUCCAAGAUGGCAGCACAGUGCAUCAACAGUAAAGCGUAACAAUGAAAGCUCUCGUAAUGUUUUAUUCAUUAGCACUCCUGUUUUGUUUUUGUGAAAUUAAAUAAGUGGUUUAUGUUGUACUGCUCAACGUCUAACUGUGAACAUGGUGCUACAGUGUUUGUAAGAGUAACAUUUUGUGUUGUGCGUUGUUUAAAACUGGUAUAGCUAACAACAACUAACAACAGCUGACAACCACUAACAACUGACAACGGCCAACGACAGCUGACAAUUGUAAACAACAGCUAACAACGGGUAACUGUAGGCAUUCAUCUUGAUUUUCGCACUUGUUAACUGUAACUCUGUCAACUCGGGUUUGGCGUCAUUACCAGCUCCGACAUCCGACUUCCAAGGAAACUGGAGCACAGCAUAAGAUAAUGAAGCUGAUGAAGGAGUUUUAGAAACUGCAGUUCCCUGAGUGUCCUCUAGAGGCUGGCUCCCAAACCACAUACACACCCAUUCUGAAAGGCUCAUCAAUAAACACGCUGUUGCUCCGAAUCGAUUAUAUUUCUGUCUGUAACCACAGAAGGAUGGGAUUCAUGUUUCAAAUCGUUUGUUUUAAAGAUAUUGAGGUUCUGUUGAGAAUUUGGGGCGUGGCCAAUUGGAUGGACCAAAAAACCCACCCCAAAGGUCAACUGGGUCACUAUUACCAAAACUCUGCCAAUCAAACCCCGGAGUGAUGUUCCUGAGGCGCUCCCAGAGACCCUCAGGUGACUUUAUUUGUGGUUUCUUCAGAGAGCGAAGUUUCCGCCAUGGAGGCCGGCAGGUCACCUUGUCCUGGAAACACAGAAACAGGAUGAGGCUCGAGACCGAGUCCUGGAGUUCUCCAAAGACCUGCAGACCUGUGACAUCAAGAACUCAUGGCUGAAGAGUUCAGAGGGUCGCUUCCUGAGAGGAACCAUUCAGAGGAGAGUCCGAGACACUCUGGACCAGCAGGAGGUCCAAGUCCACCACCGGAGAGACAGGUUAGUCCAACAGGACUAGAACUUUGACUUAAGAACCAGUACUCUCCUGCAGCUGCUGUUACUCUGAUAUCAGACCUGUCCAACUGUCCACCUGUACUUUAGUGAAGAGACGUCAGUUCACUGUGGGCUCACCUGAGUCCAACAUGCUGGUACCUUUUUUAAUGUUCCAAUACACAUACACACCUGUACAUAUACAUAAACAUACACACCUGUACACACACGUGUGUGUGUGGUUGUCCUAUUAGUGGGCGGUUGGCGUUUCUGUUUACUCUGAGCUUCAAUAUUUUCCGGUUCUGUUCUUCGCAGCUCCAGAACCACACAGUGAUGAAUCCACCUGCUUCAAUCAGAUGUGUGUGUGUGUGUGUGUGUGUGUGUGUCCACAGACUGCGGGCCCUCCUGGAGGCGGAAGACCAGCAGCUCCUGCAGGAGAUGGAGGAGAAGGUGGAGACGUCAGUGGAGAGACAGGUGAAGAUGAGAGAGCAAGCUAAAGUCCUGAGAGAGCGGAGAGAGAGAGAGAGACAGCAGCUGGUCUCAGAGAAGAUGGAGCAGCUGUUCAGGUAGAGACCACAUCCCCUGGACUCUCACCUGUAGGUGGAGUCUUGAACCAGAGGUAACCGUGUUAAAAAGCUCUUCACUGACUGUCCUCCACCUGAGCAUGUUUCCUGUUUUGACCUGUUUACAGCGAGCAGUGCGAGGAGCUGCGCACCACCCUGACCCGUCGCAGAGAGCAGCAGGUGUGUGAGGAGCGAGCCGCUCAGGUGAGGAGCAGACAGGAGCGGCUCCAGCGGGAGCAGCAGGAGGAGAGGAUCUUCGAGGAGCUGUGGGAGGCCGAUCGACACGCCAAAGAGCAGCAGGAGGCGCAGAAAGCUCAGAGACAGCAGCAGAGGAACAAACAGCAGCUGGAUGUCCUCAGGAGACAGAUGGACGCCUCAGAACAACAGAGACAGAGACACCGAGAGCUGAGACAGGAGGAGGCCGAGCUCGUGGUCAGUGAUGACCUCUGCAACAUGUCACAGAUCAGCUGAUCAGGUUUAUACUGAUCAGCUGGUCAGGUUUACACUGACGCUCUUCAACCAGGCAUCCUUAUCUUAUCUCCUUGUCUCUCUGUCUUCCUGUCUCCUUAUCUCCCCCUCUCCCUGUCUCCUUAUCUCCUUGUCUCCUCGCUGCAGCGGCAGCAGCAGCAGAUGGAGCGUCUUCAGCAGCAGCGUCUUCAGCAGCAGGUUCUGGUUCAGCAGAAGGUUCGGCGCCGUCAUCUGGAUCAGGGUUUCCGUCUGAAGAUGAAACGUUUGGCCCGAGAGCAACAGGAGGAGCUUCAGCUGGACAUGAAGAUCCUGCAGAAGCUGCUGGAGCAGGAGAUGGACCAGAGACAGGAGGCCACCCAGAAGAAGGUUAAUGUGAUCAUGUGAUCAGAGGGACUGUCACAUGAUCAUUUACUGACUGUCAUUGAUCCAAAAGUCGGUGCAGGUGCAGUGAGACGGUUCUGAGACCUAGAUCACUGAGUCCGAUCUAACCCCUCAGACUGAUUCUGGUUUGAUGACUGAAUCGUGUUAAACUCGUUUUCUCGUGUCACGCUCGUGGUCAGGUGGAGCUGCGUGAGGAGUGGCGGAGGUAUCGUCAGUAUCUGUCCGAGGAGCUGAGGAGGCGGGAGGAGGAGGAGCAGGAGGCGGAGCAGCUGCUGGAGGAGAAACUGAAGGAGGUGUGGAGGAAACAGGAGGAGCAGAGCCAGCAGCAGAGGGAAGCCCGAGACCGUCUGAUGAAGGAGGUGAUGGAGACCUGCAGACUGCAGAUUCAGCACAAAUGUAAGACAACCUGCUGGUUUUCAAUCUGCGGGGCAGGGACCCACAAGAGGUCCAAAGAGGACCCAAAAUAGUAGGCAGGGCUGAAGGUUUGGAGACCAGAGACCUGUAGGGGGGUCUGGGGGUAUCCUCCCCCAGAAGAUUUUUUUUGUUGGUUUAAAAUUUUAAUGAAACUUUCUGAGAAAAUAAUGAAGGAAACAUAUAAUGUUGACCAACAAAGACAAAGAAACUGUAUUUUAACUUAUUAACAUUAUAGCCGACAUUAGCUGACCUACAGUCAAUGUAACCCUGUGAUAUAGAAACUGACAGUAGUGUACUCGUGUUCAUUCAGCUGCAUUUCAACAGGUUAGGCUAAAGAGCACACAAAGACAACGGCAGAACAAUAAUAAAGAGCAGACACUCAUUUAUAAUAAAUCAGGCUGCAUAUCAGUAUUACCAAAGGAAAACAACACAAACAUUUACUUUAAAGACAGAACAGUUUUACGAUAUUUGAAAUUUCAGUUAGACUGAAUUGAAACUGGGUGAACAAAUACAGGGUUCCCACUUUUCUAGGAUGCUUUCACCCUGCCUUCAAAGUUCUUGAUUUCUAACAUUAUGACAUGAAUAUUGUCUGUUAGCUUUCUUUUAAGUCUUGCUUUUAUGUCUAACUAUAAUAAAUUUAUCAAAUCAAAUCAAAUUUUAUUUAUAUAGCGUCAAUUCAGUCGUCGUCCCGCUUUUCAAAGAAAAAGAGCAGGUCUAGACCAAGCUUAUUGUUUGAUGAAUUACCAAGACCCAGUUUUAUGUAAUUAUAGUCAGUGAGACAGUGAGACUAUGGUUUAUAUUAGGUUUUAAUCUUUAUAUACUCUGCCGUUCUACAAACAGAUUUUGCUGAUUAACUGUUUCAGUAGCCGGAAUUUUAUUUUGCUAGCUUUAUAAUUUCUUUUUGUCACCAUUAAUUUACACGGGAAACAAAAAAGGACCUUUCUCUUUGGACACCUAGUCAGCCAUGCUUUGCGCUCACACCAUGCUCUUAAAAAUGUUCGCGUAUAUUGUUUGUCCUUCUCUGUGGUCACCUGCUGAGCGGCGAUGUCUAGUCGAUCCAGACCAAGCUCUUUCAGCUUUAGGCUACAUUCAGACUGCAGCUUAUGAUACACAGUUCGGAUUUCUUUUAAAAUCCGAUCUUUUUGUGCAGUCAUUCACAUUACAACAAUGAAUGGGGCAUCUAAUCUGAAUGGAAUGCGUCUGUGAAGUGACCCGCAUGCGUACAAAGAGGAUGUGACGCUGUUCUCCGUUCCCUCGUCUGCCAUUGCUUUCUGCGCCUGUUUGUGUUGUCGAACAAUGGUGACGUUUGUCGCAUAUUGAUGACGUAUAGGUCGGAUGAACGCAAGCUGAGCAUCCACACUGCAGUCACAUCGAAUACAUAUCCGAUUUAUAUCCACCUACAAAAGAGGCCUGGGUCAGAUUUGAAAAAAUCCGAAUUGCACUGUUCACACUUACAAAAAAAUCUGAUAUGUGUCACAUAUGGUUAAAAAAUCAGAAUUGACCUGCAGUGUGAACAUAGCCUUAGAUUGUCCUGCAGAGUUCUCCUCUUAAACGGGACCUGCUUGAUGGACAGCAUGGUGUUCUCUGGUAAAUCACUCGUUAGGGGGUUUGCGGUCGCCAUUCCCACGUCUUCUGUCACUGGCCGCCAAAUGCAGAGUGAGGGGCGGACCGGCUCCCAGGAGAGCAGCUAGCUACGUCAGAUGCACAUAUUGUAGCCAUGCGUCCGUUUGUGACCAAUCUGGUUACGAAUGUGCUUACGUCAUUCAAAUUAGGGACGCUUGGGCGCUUGUCCCUGGCACGAUAUAUUUUUUUGUAGGACGGUAGGGGAAAGUCCCACCUCCUUUGCCUCUGAUUGGCUAGAAAAGCUGGAAACGUCAUCACAUGCUCAAGCCAAACGCAGGCUGUCGGCUCUGUACAUCGAACAGAACAUUACAGAACAUUAUCUCCGAGCCCAACAGACGAUGACAUUUCACAGCCACAAGGAAUAACUAAUCGGAGCUUAGCACUUAUAGCCAAUCAGAGGUAAAGGAGGGCGGAACCUUCCCCUACCAUCCCAAAAAAUUGCAUCCCUGGCGCCCUAAAAUUUUCAAGGAGACAGCUGACAUCUCUUUUUGCUCACACAACUCAGGUGGGACUCUGCCCACAGCGCCCUCUUAUACCAGCCACCACCAAAGGUUCAAAGGUUAACUCUGUGUGUGUGUGUGUGUGUGUGUGUGUGUGUGUGGGUGUGGGUGUGUGUGUUGCAGUGGAUCUGAACCUGCAGAAACAGGUGGAGUUAUCUGCAGAAAGAGAUGAACUGAGCAGAGUGUUGGAGGAGAUGAAGCUGACAGAGGAGGAGGAGAAGAGACGGUACGACUACAAGACCAGACCCUCCUGGUUCCUGGUCUCUGAUCUCUGGUCUAAUCUGGUUCCUGGUCUCUGAUCUCUGGCCUCACCUGAUUCCUGUCUUCCUUCUUGACCUGAUCUUGGCCUCUGUGUGUCCCUGCAGGCAGAAGCAGACCCAUGAGGCCUACAUGGAGGACCUGGGGGCCCAGAUGAAGCACCAGCAGCAGGUCAGGUCUGAGCAGAGGGUUCAGGCUGAGAGGGAACACCAGCAGGGUCUGAUCCAACAGGAAGUCUACAACCAGAGGAGAGACCAGAUCCUGUCCAGACCCCUGUCCCGGACCACUACCACCCAUCCCUUCAGACGAGCGCAGGGCUGCAGGUCUGCCUCCUAAGACCACCCACAGAGUUCACCUGCAGAAAGACCCCAUCUCAAAGCUCGGAGGUCCUCUGGAGUUCUUUCAAAAUAAAAGCCCUUCUAAAAGCCCUUCUGGUUCCUAACAGUCUGGAUGCCAUCUUUGUUUUUUCACUCUCAAACAUAGAUCCACGAACAUAGAUCUACAGACAUAGAUCCACAGACAUAGAUCUACAGACAUAGACAUAGAUCCACAGACAUCGAUCUACAGACAUAGAUCCACAGCCAUAGAGCCACAAACAUAGAUCCACAGACAUAGAACAGAAGAGCGGGUCAGAGUGCCAGUCAGAUGGUCUCACAGCCGUCACACUCAGCAACUUUGUUGAACUUUGACCCCUUCUGACCCUGUUUAGUCUGUCUUGGACUCUCGUACUCCAGACCCUAAACUUGUGGAACCCAGCACCCUUGAACCCUUCGUCAGGGGGGGCCAUGCUGUAGAACCACAGUCAGGAGCUAGGAAAGAGGUUGUCUCUGAAAAACUCACGUUUCUGUACAUUUAGACCAGAUCUGAUUGGACAGUAAAAGAUGCUGAAAUAAGCCACGCCUGUUAAUUUUUAUCAAUGAACUCAAACCUAAAACAAAAAAACACAUUUCUGGAACUUUCUCAGCGUAGGAUACAAACUGUUGACGUGUGUGGCGCCUCCUAGUGGCAGCAUUUGAACACACAACACAUCAGUGUGGCUGAAGUAGAUUUUUACAGUAGACAGU